UUUUUAGGAGAUGUCAUUGCACAAAGUGACACGACUGCAGCUUCCACCACAAGUGCCCCGUCUGCCGAUGCCUCCUCCCAGAGCAGCCAACCCCGCACUGAGACUAUGGGUGCCCCGACCCCCACUCAAACCUUGACCCCCACCAAAGCUGACACCUCACCCUCCACUGGCACUGGCAUCCUGCCUGCUGCCUCGACUUCCACCAACGCCCUGUCUGGUGCCAGCACCCUGCUCCCCACCACCUCUGAUACACCAGGCGGUGCCAGCGUCCCAUCCUUCACUGGUGCUGGAACAUCACCUGGCACCGUCCCUCCAUCCCCCGCUGGUGCCCCAUCCCACACUAAUGCCACCACUCUGACCCCUGCCACCACUCUGACCCCUGCUGACACCGGCACCCUGCCUACUAAAGCUAGUGCUACCUCUCAGAGCACAGCGGCGAUCAACACCACCACCGGCUCUGCAGACUCCCUCACCGUCGGUGCCCCCAGCUCCCCGGCCGCCCCUGUUGUCCAUACUCUCAGCUCCGCAGCCACCCUCAGCUCCGUGGCCACCCCAGCUGCUCACACGGCUGUUACCCCGAGCUCUACCAUCGCCGCUGACGUCCCCAGCUCUGCAGACACUGGUCCGGCAGCCGUGUCUCCAUCUCAGAAGCCCCAAACAACAGAAACCACUACAGGAAGCAGCUUAGGUGUUAAUACAGACAAGGAACGUACCACCCAGAACCAGCCAGUGAAACCUGUGGCAACUACGGAAAGUGCUACCAAACCUACGGAAGCUGCAGUUGCAACCACACAGCAGUCUGGUGUUGUAUCACAGCCACCAGCCUCAAGCUCUGGAACUGUGAUCUCCAUUAUAGCCAGCACUUCACCGAGCCGCCACACUCCAGCUCCUAGCAGGGAAUCCAAGCCCAGUGAUUCUCUGCCCCAAAAUAAGAUCCUUUGUGAGGACCAGAACCUGUCCAACGACUCAGCAAUCAUUCUAACCCUGAACAAGCCUAUACACUGUGGCAGCCCUGUGGAUCCCUCCCUGCACAACAUGCUCUGCAAAGCCGUGAAGGCCACGUUCAACCGGAGCCGAGAUAUCUGCACCGUGCACCUGACCGCCACUGGGAACCCCCCCAACAGGAUUGCUGUGCUCGGUGUUUCUGUGCAAACCAACGCCGCGCCCAAGGAGCUGUUUGAACUGCUGGGGACGAAGAAGGGAGAGCUCCAGCAGCUUGGCAUUGGCAACGUCACCUAUGCCGACAAGCGGAUGGAGGAGGAGAACGAAGACCGGUUCAGCAUGCCCUUGAUCAUCACCAUCGUGUGCAUGGCCUGCUCCCUGCUGCUCGUCGCUGCCAUCUACGGCUGCUGCCACCAGCGGGUCGCCCGUAGGAAGGAUCAGCAACGCCUGACAGAAGAGCUACAGACCAUGGAGAAUGGCUACCAUGACAACCCGACCCUGGAGGUGAUGGAGACCUCCUCAGAGAUGCAGGAGAAGAAGGUGAACCUAAACGGGGAGCUGGGAGACAGCUGGAUAGUCCCCAUGGACAACCUCACAAAAGAGGAGCUGGAGGGAGAGGAGGACACACAUUUAUAA